AUGAUCACCGCUAUACUUUUGCUUAUAGCGAAACAAGUCACUGGAGUUGAACUUCACCACCAUCAUAAACAUGCCAGUAAUAUAACCACAUUAUCAAUUACACCCACUUUGGUAGCUCGAGAUGCCACAGAAGAUGCCAUGCCAACAUUAUCAACUGGUGAACCAACACUUUCCAUAACUCAUAUACCAGUACUGAAAAACCCCUACAUAUAUUCUUCAAAUUUACCUUCCAAUUUAGUCUUCAUAGUCAUUGGUGCUAUUCUUGGAGCCAUUUUAUUACUGAUUAUAUUAUAUCGAAUAACUGCUCAUUUUAAAUAUAAUCGACAAGCCAUGAAUGAAAAAGAAACUUAUUAUACCAAUUUAACGGAAAUAUUGAAUCAAAAAGGUACUCCUUAUUCAAGAAAUUCAUCAAUUUUAGAUCUCAGUAAUAGUAAUAACAACACCACUGAUUUAUCAAGUUCAUCAACAUCAUCUAAUCAAGGUCGUUCUUAUCGUGAUAGUGUUUUAGGAAAUAAUAAACCAAUGAUGACAAAUAAACCUUCAAGAAAUUCAAUGUUCAUUAGUCCCACUAUGGAUCUUAAAACUUUUGAAUUGCCAUUAUAUCAGAAACAACAUAGUACUUCUCUGGCAUCAUUGAUAUUGAGAUAUAAUAAUGAUAGUAGCACGAUUGUUUCUACAGCGUUUGAUGAGAAAAGUAGAAUCACCACUACAUCAACCACAGUAGAUGGGAAUGAGUCUUCAAUUAAUGGGUCUACUAUUAAUGGAUCAUAUUUGGAAAAUGGGAAAUUGGCUCCACCACCUCCGAAAAGAGUUGUACGUGCACCUAGUUUAUAUCUUGAAGAUUUAUUAAAUGAUAAAUCAAAAGAUGAUAAAGAAGAAGAAGGGGUAUAG